GGCAAAUACCUGAACGUGAAUCCGUCCGUGUUCUGCGUGGGCGGAGACAGAUGCACUAGGCUUGCCUCGCACGCCAGGCAACACAGCAAUGAGGUGGUAGUAUGCGAUAACCUGUGCCUACCCUUCCGCGACGAGUCAUUCGACGCUGUGCUAUCCAUCGCGGUGGUACAUCACUUCGCGACGGUGGAGCGGCGUGCGAUGGCCCUGCGGGAGCUCGCCAGGGUCACCAGGAUCGGCGGGAGGCUGUUGCUCACCGUGUGGGCCAUGGAGCACGAGGGACGAAACUUUCACUCACAAGACGUACUGAUACCCUGGCAUCGACCAGCGACAUUAUGUCCACCAACGCCAGCUCCCAGAUUUCUUUCAGUCGACAACGAUCACGCUGAGCCGUGGAAAAGCCGUGAAGGAUCACCAGGUUCGUCAUCACUCUCGUCUCCCAACGAAACCUGUUAUUCAUUUGUAAGACGAGCACUUCAACGGUUGGCAGGUCGACGGUCCUUCCUACCCUCGUGGAGUUUAGGCCCCAGGGUACCAUCACGGUCCUGCUCACGGCCCGAACCAGCAGCAGCCGACCUCCCAAUCGAACUGCGACGGCUAGACGAGGCAGUUCCACCUCGGUUGGUCACCCAACCAUCUGAAUCAUCGACAAUGAAGUCACGAAGCUUAACUGACAUCGUAGACAUAGAGCGACAUGCUCUAGUCAGGUCCCGAUCAAGUCUACCAAGUCUCGGUGGAGAUGAAUCAUCACCACCACCUCAAGAACCAGCUGCACCUGAAAACACAGAACCGCGUAAAAAACCUCGACUUGUUAAACAGAAAAAGUCUAUAAACGAGGACGACGCUGAAGAAGAUCUCGAUAAACCAACAGAUAUGAAGAGUAUGGUUGAAGAGAUGCCUAACUUUAAAAUACACACUCACAGACUACAAUCAAAAAAGCCUGGCGUAUUUAAACAGACGUCGCUCAACGAAGAGCUGAUGUCUGUAGAAAGAUUAAGGGAAAAAGAGCGCUUAAGGAAAAACAUACAAAAACAAGCCUCACUUAACGAGGAAUACUUAUAUCGACGACAGGGCGCAUUAGAUUCCAUUCGCGACUCAAUAUUUUCCACUUCAGCCACCACCGCAAAGAAGUUCCAAUCCCUGAAAAACGGCCUCACUAGUAAGUUUAAAACGUCUACAACGAAUAUUGAUAAAGUUACUGUGUUCGUGAGAAUGCUUCAGGGUUGGAAGAAUCACGGGCCGGUUCCUGAAGUUCCCACGCCGAGCGAUACUCCUGUCACAAAUGAAAAACCGUAUCCUGAGAGGCGACAUUCAAAAGAAGAUGGAUCAGAUUCUUCGAAAGACAGCAGCCUUCAAAGCGAUACGAGUGUAGAUUCUGAAGACAGUUUCGCGUCUGUUAUUUAUGUGCCUAAAGCGGAUGGAUCGGGAGAUCCGUUGUCACCAACCCCACUUUCUCCAGGACCAACAUCACCUAGAUUAAAAGUUUCAUCAGUUCCAACUUCGCCAAGAAUGAAAAGUUCGCCGGGUCUACCAUCUCCGAGGAUAAAACAAGCAUUUCCAUUAAUCCGGCCUCCUGCAUCACCUAACGCAGUACCAACACCAGCUACUGUUAAUAAGAUACUUGUAGCUCAAUAUAGUUUGAAGAACUACUCUACUUCAAGCUCAGUUGUUGCUGCACCGCUGAAGCCACAAUCGAAAAGUCAACCAAAUUCUCCGCCAAAAUCGGAAUCAGAUGACAAAAUUCUUAAGCCUGAGCCACCGCCGAUAAUAAACACAAACAUGCCUGUUGAGGUAUUCGAAGAGGUUGAUCCAAUACCACCCAUCAAGGAAGAAGAAGAAACAUCCACAGAAGUGACUAAAGAACUGAUCGCCGAAAUCAAUAAAGACAUUGAGGAAAUACAUAAACUGACAGCUGAAACUAAUCAAUUAAAACCACGUGUGGUGUUGCAAGACGUCAAACCUUACCCGAAAAUAACAUUACAAACAGUGGCAGAAUUACCUGAAAUACCACAAUUUAAACCCAAAGAGCCGAAUAAGUCAGCUGCAACUGACGCCUUGGACUCUAGAGCUGCAGAACGAAAACGUAAAGAGAGGAUACGACAAAUAAAAGAAAUGUUAAACAGCGGCGGCAUACCGGCUAUAAACUUGAGUAGAAGGCAACCAUUCCCAAUAGUGCGCAGUACAAACAAAGCGGAACCGAUCGCUAAAAGUCGUCCAACAUUGAUGACUUUAGAGUUGUUCAACCCAGCCACCGAUGACAUGGACAGCGAUUCGAGCGGCGUAUCAUCGCCAGACUCCGUCGAUAGUGUCAUUAGUGUAGUACCUGAAGAAUUGCGGAAAACAGCCUUAGAAAAAGAUUUACCCAAUAAUUCAAGCACAGAAAACCCUAAAGAAGAGCCAUCCAACGAAAAGUCGCGUUCAACUUCUCCAGCUCCUCAAAGUUUAAUAGAAGCCGCUGCAGAAGUAGCAAACACUUUAGAAGAAGCAUGUGAAACCGUCAUACAAUCAAGUCCAAGAGCUAAAAGGAAACAACUUGAAAAAAUAGAAAGUUCUGAAGCUAUGGCCAUCAUACAAGGAACUUCUAGUAGUAGCAGUAGUAGCAAUUGGAGCCUCAACAAACUGUCACCUGGAGAUUUGAGGAUAUUAGAAGAUAGAUCUAGGUCACAAUCCCACACCAGUUCUAGUGGUAGCUCGUCAAGCCUAGAGCGCUUAUCUCCAGGUCGAAGGUCCAAAGACCGUUCACCAAAGCUGGGAAGUACUAGCAAUUCCACUUGGAGCCUGAAUAGGCUAUCUCCAAACCGGCCAGAAGGUCGCUCACUAGAUGAAAACUUGAGUAAAAGCCACAGAAGCCCUACCCGGUUACCUUACGACUCAAUUUCAAUAUCAAGCACUGAUUCCGAAAAAUCAAUUUCAAAGUCAGAAAGCUUCAAUAGGAUAAUUGCAAACGAACCGCUGGUGACAUGCAAGUCAGAUAUGCUAGCCAAAGAAGAAGAAUGGGUUCAGGAUCAAGACAAGAAUCAUCAGUUAACGGAGUUCGCUGAGAAACUCAGCGAAAACUGUUACAGGAAAUUGACCAGUAUUCUAAACGUAUUAAUGAAGAGGAUUUCGACCUGCCAAGCAGUAGCAGCAGUGAAAAGAGCAUUUCUCUAA